AUUACUUUAUAUUCUUGACGGGAUAUUUUUCUCCAGUUAACUUCAUAUAGAUCUGAACAUUCUUGACUGCCUAAACAAGAGGCAAGUAUGACAUCAAAACUGAUCGAUCGGUCUCGCCACAUCUGUAUAUAUUUUGUGUCCCUCGUCAUCAACUUAUUCCUCUCCACAAACUCUCAAUUGCAACAGAAUCCAGAAGGAGGAGGAGAUAAUAUAUGAAAAUGUCCUCUUCUAGUUCAUACUGCUACAGUUCCACUACGAGUUCCUCUGGGGGUUCAACUACCACCGGCCAUCGUUAUACCACCUCCUCACAGACCAACCCCGAUGGAGUGACCACCGUUCGCACAGCUCGUCAGGAUCUAGGCAGUCCCGUCAUUGUUGAGGAGCAUCGUUACGACAGUUCAGGCCAGGAAUUGGCCACGAUUCCCGGUGAUACGCUUGCAGGAGGGGUGCGCCGGAUCACAGACCUAGACGAGGAGCAUCCCCCACGUCGGAGUCAGACUCAUACGCGGAAUCAGGACGAGGAACCUGCCUCCUUAAGAUAUCAUACGCUCGGAAACAAGUCACAAUCGCACGGGGAGGAUCCGUUCCAGCUGUUUGGAGGUUCUGAAGCGGAUGAAAGAAUGAGGGCAAAGUCGGAUAUGGAGGCUUCGGAGGCGAUCCGGGAUUCACGUUGAUGAUUGGGGGAGUAUGCUUUUUGAAUAUUGUCUUCUCUAGUCUAGAAUGAUAUGCAAAUUU